AGGACUACAUUUAAUGGCACACCAUCAAACGACCACGUUCUGAUGGAAAAAUACCUAGCACCCCAAUUCCAUGGAGUGACAGAAGACAAGAAGUUCUGUCAGGACAGUUGUAUGGCUAUGGACCAAUCCCUUGGCAUGGGGCAAGGCUCCCCAUAUAGCAUCAACAUGAAUGUCUUCCUGCCCGAUGUCACCUACCUGCGAACUGGCUUAUGCCGACCUGUGAGGCCUACGGUGCCCCAUAUAAAAACAGAAUCUGUCCACUCUCUCAACUACAGCAGUUGCCCUAACAGUGUAGCAGCAUCUGCUCCACACCCAGAGUUCUCAAAUUCUUUCAGUUCAACUGCAGGAACAGCGGGCAAUAUUUUUAUCAAACAAGAGAUGCCAUCUUUUGACUUUCAGGACGUUCCAUUGUUCCAGCUUUUAAAUUCGGACUUGGAUUCACUUGUGCCUGGACCACAGCCGGGUAUUGAGGUUCCCAAUGCUGGAUGCUCCUCUGUAUCCACAUUUAACAAUGUUCAUGUAUCAGCCAAUCAGGUUGGAGGGAGAUCCAUAUGUAACAUGGGUAGCAGUAGCUAUUCCCCAUCACCCCAUCGGUUCGCUCAGCAACAGCAGCAGAAGGUAUCUUAUCUCCCACCGUCCCCUCCAAAUUCAGAGCCAGGUAGUCCAGACAGACGUAAAGAACUCAUCCAAAACCUUUCACCACCUCCAUCUUAUGCAGUAAGCAUGGCCUCCAAAAUGGUUGUGCCGGCACCAAACCAAGGGGUAACCAUGCCAGCCCCAUGUCAGGACCCGUCAGUCAGGUAUAAUCGUCGCAACAACCCAGAUCUGGACAAAAGGAGAAUACAUCACUGUGAUAUACCAGGCUGUAAGAAAGUCUACACCAAGUCCUCACAUUUGAAGGCCCAUUUACGGACUCACACGGGCGAGAAGCCAUACAAGUGCUCAUGGGAGGGCUGCGAUUGGCGAUUCGCCCGCUCCGACGAGCUGACACGCCACUUCAGGAAGCACACGGGGGCAAAACCCUUCCAGUGCGUCGUGUGUAACCGUAGCUUCUCACGCUCCGACCACCUGGCUCUCCACAUGAAGAGACACCAGAACUAG